GAAACCGGAACCCCUUAUGCAAAUGGAUAACCAGUUCCCUCCCAGGAAAGUUCCAAGUUUUUGUUCCUUCCGCUAUGGAUUAUCUCUCCUCUUGCAUUUCUGUAACGUUGUAAUAAUGGCACAGCGCAUGUGUCUGAGCCUCACAAUGGUAGCCAUGGUGAACAGCACAGAUGCUCUUGGUUCACCCAACACCUCCACAGAGGAGCACCUGGAUCACAUAAAGAACCCCGUGUAUAACUGGAGUCCUAAAAUCCAGGGUAUCAUCUUCAGUUCCGUCUUCUAUGGUGUACUUAUCACCCAAAUUCCUGUCGGAUACUUGUCUGAAAAAUACUCCAUCAAGAAAAUGAUCGGCUCUGCAUUAUGCCUCAGCUCUCUACUUAGCCUGUUAAUGCCAAUGGCAGCUGAAGGUGGAGAAGCUUUCCUCCUGGCAUGCCGAGUAGUCCAGGGAGCAGCCCAGGGAUCGGUAUUCAUAGCUCAACACGUCAUGUGGGCCAAGUGGGCUCCUCCCUUGGAACGAGGCCGACUCACCUCCCUGAGUCUAUCAGGAAUUCUGCUGGGAUCCUUCAUUGUUCUGCUUGUGACUGGAUUCAUCUGCCAAUCCCUGGGCUGGCCCAUGGCCUUCUACAUUUUUGGUGCUUGUGGCUGUGCCCUAAGUCUUCUCUGGUUUGCUCUGUUCUAUGACGACCCAAAGGACCACCCAUGUAUAAGCAUCAGUGAGAAGGAAUACAUCUUGUCCUCCCUCAACCAGCAGGUCAGCUCAAGGACACAGUCUCUGCCAAUCAAAGCUAUGAUUAAGUCUCUUCCCGUCUGGGCCAUUGCUUUCGGUUCUUUUGCUUUUCACUGGACAAAUAAUAUCAUGGUUUUGUACACUCCAACAUUUAUCAGCUCCAAGCUUCAUGUGAACAUAAAAGAGAAUGGGCUGCUGUCAGCCCUCCCCUAUUUGUUUGCCUGGAGCUUUGGUAUCCUAGCCGGUCACCUGUCAGACUUCUUCCUGUCCAGGAAUAUUCUCCGCUUAGUUACCAUCCGGAACCUCUUCAACACACUGGGACUUCUUCUGCCUGCCUUCUUUAGCGUGUGCCUGCUCUACCUGAGUUUCAGCUUCUCUAGCACUACCAUCUUCCUGAUACUUGCCAGUUCAACAGGAACCUUUUGUAUGGCUGGAGUACUCAUAAAUGGCUUGGAUAUUGCUCCCAGUUAUUACGGAUUUCUUAAAGGAGUUACAGCUGUAAUUGGGAUGAUAGGAGGACUCAUUUCUUCUACUCUGUGUGGAGUAAUCCUUAAUCAGGAUCCAGAAUCCGCCUGGUUUAAAAUUUUCUUCCUGAUGGCGGUCAUUAAUGUGAUAUGCCUACUUUUCUGUGUCGUCUUUGGAAAAGCAGAAAUUCAGGACUGGGCUAAAGAUAUACAAGAACACACACGCCUCUGA